AUGAUAGGAAAACCAUUGUAUGAACGAAAUGUAGGACCAGGUUAUGGAUGUUGGAUGAAAGAUUCUUCUGCCUUCACGCAAUCUCAAAAGGAAAAAAUCUGGGUAACAUUUGGUAACUCUGGAGAUAAAAUGUAUGAAUAUAGAACAAUGACUCGUUUUAGAGAUGAUACUCCUACAAAAGUAUACAAUUUGGGAAACAUACCGUUCUUUGGCACAGGUCACGUAGUCUAUCAAAAUUGCUUCUAUUACCAAGCACAAGACUGGGAUAAAAUUGUACGGUUUGAUUUAAUUGUUGGAAGUGCCGUUACUUUAGUUGAUCUGCCUGGUGCCUCUUAUAAAAAUGAAAGAUUUUUAUACAAGGGUGUCAACAAUUAUGUUGAUUUCUCAGUGGAUGAAAAUGGAUUGUGGAUUAUUUAUUCCAAACAAGAGGGGUCAAAUAAAUUACAGUUAGCUCGAUUAAAUGCAAUGACAUUAAAUAUAAUGAAAACAUGGGAGAUAGAUGUAGAACGUGGAAGUUACGGUAAUGGUUUUAUGGUUUGUGGUGUGAUAUAUUUUAUUCGAAGUGUAGUUGAAACACCGUCAGUGAUUGAUUACGCUUAUGAUAUUUAUACUGAAUCUUUACUCACACCAUUUCAAGCCCUGGAUAUCUCGAAUCCAUAUACUCUAAACGUCAUGGUGUCAUAUAACCCACGUGAUAAUAAAAUAUAUGGUUGGGAUCGUGGUAAACAAAUUACUUAUCCAUUAUUACUUGGAGGUUAA